AUGCGACCCGGCACCGAGAGAGCCUCGCUCACACCCCCGCCGAGAGGCCACGGUGACGACGGGACAAGGCAUGCCACCGCCGCCACCGCGCGCCACACCCCGGCAGCGGGUCCCACGCGGUGCGCGACCCUGGCACGCGGACCCGGAACGCCCGACAACCCUCGGGAGCAACCUCUUGCGCGCGGGGGCCGCUCGGCCGGGAGCGGGAUCUUCUGCCAGGCGGCGAAGACCCCGGCUCCGGUGCGGGAAAGGGUCGGAGGAGCCGCCUCCCCCGACCCCCGAAGGCGUCCGCACCCCUUCGCCCUCGCCGUUUUUUCCCAGCGCUCGCCGGCGCGUCGGCCGCCGAGCGAAGGGGACGAGGCGGCUCUCGCGCGCCAAGAAGAGCCGGGCUCGGGAGGACUCGGGCCGCGCGCGCCCACGCGGGCGCCCACGCGGAGGAACACCGGCGACCGGCGUUCGGCGGCGCCGGCCGCGGUGGCGCGAGGCUCAAAAGGCCGGCCGCCCCCCCCGCUCUCCGGCGGGGACGGACCGGCGGCGGACCGGCGCAGUGGGGGGGGGGGGGGGGGGAAGGAAGGGUGGAGCCGCCGCGACGGCGACGAGCGCACCGCGCUUCGAUGCCCGGCCGCGACGCGCGGUGUAGCGCAGGGAGGGCCCUGCCCGCGCGCGCGGUGGCGGGCGCGCACGGCGCGCUUCGCCGCGCCGAGCGGCUUUCUCUCCCCCCCCCACCCCGCCCCCCCAGGUGCCGCGCGCCUUCCAUCUCUCUGGGGCUGCGCGCGCGGCGCCGUCGGAAAGGGCGCGUGGCCCCCCCGGGUACCCGCCGAGGCCGGCGGCAGGGGGGCCGAGCGAGCGAGCGAGCGAACGGAGCGGGCGUUUGAGACGCCGCACGCGGCCGGCCGGACGGCCCGGCACGCGGGCAGGCGCCAGCCCCCCGAUAGUCAAGUUCGACCGUCUUCUCGACACUCCGGCAGGGCCGUGGCCGACCCCGCCGGGGCCGAUCCGAGGACCUCACUAAACCAUCCAAUCGGUAGUAGCGACGGGCGGAUCAACCAGGUAGCCGCCACCCACGGCGGCGCCACGGAGGCACGCGAGCAACGCGGACCGCCCGGCCCCACCGGCCAACGCCCUGCCAACCCUGACCGCCCCGGCUCUUUCACCGCUCCGACCCGCGGGAGCGGCAUCGCGGACGCGACGGUGGCGGCAUGGCAGCGACGCCAACCGGCGAGCGGCGGCCGACGCCAUCGCAAGCCCGGAGGCGCCUGGGGCGGGGAACGGCAGCACGGCACGGGGACCUUCCCACCCCCCCUCACCCGCCGCAAAGCGGCGGAGAGGCGCGGGACGCCCUCGGCAACGGCCGACCCCGGCGGCCGGCCCUUCCCGCGCCGCCGCGGGCAAGGAGCCGGGACCGCUGCGCAGCUUUCGGCUUCGGACGACGCGGGCCUCUCGGUCACGGCCCCCCCCCCCCCCCCCGGGGGGGGAAAGGGGACACCUGAGGGCUCGCGGGGCCACGCGGCCGUCACACAGCCCGGGACGGUAAAGACGCCCUCCCGGCAGCGGGAGCGGCGACACCUCGCCUGCGACGGGAAGCGAAUUGGAAAGGAGACCGCCCUGCCAGAGCACCGGACACCGCCGUGGCUUCCCCAUUACAGAGAGCCCCGGAAGAGCCGGCCCGCCGGGGGCCCUUUCCGACGCGACCCGAAAAGCCUCAUCGAUCGGCUGACAAAAGAGGAGCGAAAGAAGGCCCCGCGGCCUCGGUCCUGGGACAACGGCAGCCCGAAGCGCGCACCCACCGGCCGAGCUCCGCCACGGUUCCAGGCGGGCAGCGGGCAGACGGACGCGGGGCUGCUUUUUUCCACGGGCGGGACACGUCCCCGAGAGGCCCCUGCCCGCGGCUUGGCGCCGCCGAGCCUCCCCGACGCACCCGAGAGGCCGCCGACGCCGGCGGGCCGACUUCGCAGCGGCUUUCGCAUCGGUCACAGCGGAGAAGCGCGGGGAGGGUGCCGCCACCCGACCCCGGCUGCGGACGACGACUCCCUUUAUCGAGCGAGACAACAUCGGGACGGCACCAACCGGGGGAGGGAGGCCACGGCCAAGGCCGCGCUCCCGACGCCCCAGGGAACCUUUCCGAGCGUGCGAGGAAGUGCCACCGACCAUGCCCACGGGCCACCGGCUUUCGCCCGCCUCGCGGCGAUCGGCUUCCCUCCGGAAAAGCCGGGCGGGAACGUGGACCUUCUCGCAACCCAGCCCGCCGGCAACCACGGCAGCCGGGACAGGCCAGACACCACGGGCCGCCCCAGCGUCGCGGCUCAGUCAACGCCGGCCGAAAACAAGGAAGGGCGAGGCGCCGCCGCCUCGCCAGCAGCAUUCUCACAGGGCUCUCUGUCGGGCUUCCGGUCCACUCUCGGCAGGCAGGCCGGCCACCGCAGGCCGGCCGCCGCCCCUGAGACAUUCCCGCCCGCUGCGCGGGUUCCCCAGCUUAGGGCCGAGGAAGGGGGACGCAACUUCAAAACACAGCGGGACGGGGGGGGGGGCGAGGCGCCGCCGCCCCGCCGCCCCGCAGCAACAUCGGGCGACUCCCGUCACCGAGCCCCUCGGCCAACCGGGCGAGGCCGAGGCAAGGCCGCGCGCCCCACCGAGCGUUCCCGAGGCACCGCCGACACACCAAGCACAGGCCGCCAAGCAGCUCGCGCCGUCUUUCGGCCUUGCCCGUCACUGGGGCUGGGAAGCCGGGAUAAAGCCACGCGACUCCUAUCCCGCUCGUUCGACACUCUUCGUUCUGGCAACCGCGCGCGCGGCCGCCGCUCUUGGCCUUCAACACAGGCACUGACACAGCCUGCGGGGACACGGCCCAUCACCCGCUCCCAUAAUACGGACAGGCGAGUCCGAGGCCCCGGACGCCUCCAAGAGAACCAAUCGUACUUGACCGGGGCGGUGCGCUGGCGCACGCCGCCUCCUACCAUGACGCAACUGGAGGCAGCCAGAAACAGCGACCCCUUGGUGAACUUCCGGGACGGGUGGGGCAACAGGUCUACCCGGCCCCUGCCGAAAUUUGCCCAAGUCCCGCCGGAGCCGG